UGUUUGUCUGGCGUCAUGUCUUUGGUCGGGCUGCAGGCAUCAGAGAGUACUUCGCUGCUCAGCGUGCUGGAAGCUCCCCUUUUGUGUAUUCUCCAUACAGGAUGGGAAUUGUGGAAAGGAUCUGCUCACCAUCGGAUAGACUACAAAUCUGCAGAUUGCAUUCUGCCGACGUGGUCGAGAGCCGUCCAGCAGAGGUGUCGCCGUCCAUAAGCUAUGCUUCCCCCUUGCAGCCGGAACAAGCGAAAUUCCUCUCUCCUCCAGAUCGUCAUCUUCCACCCUCCAACUUGUCAACACCUCCAGCACAGGGGCUGAGUUCAAGCAUUGCUGGAUCGCAAGUGGCUGCUUCUCACCUUCAAUCAAUGGCAAUCUUGGAUAUGGACAGUGCGGAGGAGUUCUUUGAUGCAACGCAGGAGCAAAUGUCAGACAUAUCAGAUGUUCGAAGCAAGGCAUUUCCUAUCGACGGCUCAAGGGUGCCUGGUGGCGAGCCAUUGCUUAGGCUAGUGGCUGUUGAUUGGCUUAGGUCCAACUCCCGGAUCGAUCACGUUGCAAAACGUCCAGCCAACUUAGUUCAGAAGCAUUCAACAGAGACGAGUCCAUUCAUCUUCCUUGUGAACUUGCAGGUGCCUGGAACUACUCACUAUAGCCUCGUCUUCUACUGGGUUGCGGAAUACCCGGUGCCUGAGAAUUCGCUCUUCCACGUCUUCAUGAAUGAAGAUGAUACUUUCCGCAACAGUCGGUUCACUCUCAUCCCUUCCAUAGCUGAAGGCUCAUGGAUUGUGAAACAAGCUGUUGGAAGCCGUCCCGUUCCCUUAGGGAGCGUGCUUGAGUUGACGUAUCUGAGUGGGAAGAAUUACUUUGAGGUGAAUUAGCUCACUCAACAUGCUGCUGCUCACACGAUGACCAUGCAAACAUCCUUUUCA